GAACGCCCGCGCCGCGCCGUGCUGUAGCGUUGCGCUCCACCCCUCCGCCCCGCAACAGUAUCACACGCCGUCGUCGCUCGGAGAGGAUUUCCCAUUGUGGCGCGCGUGUUGUUUUGUGUUCAUUCGUCAGCUGUUCGCCGCACCAGACGCGUGCACACCACUGUAUUGUCCACACGCACGUAUCGGUAACAAAUAAGCGUUUUUCCGUUUCUUGUCGCGUUGUCGUUUCCUCGUCGAAUCUGCACCGACAGCGAGUCGACUUGACGUAGUCACCUACCUCCGACGUCGUUACACUUUCCACCGCCGCCGCCGACACAGCGACUUGCCGACAGACGACACCGCAGCUACCGUCGUCGUCCGCGCAGUUACACUGGAUGCAUUUGAACUUCAUGUUUCAACCCGUAACCGAGUACCGCUGACUAGAGCACCAUGGUCAAGACGUUUCAGGCGUAUCUGCCGGACUGCCACAGGACAUACUCUUGCAUUCAUUGCAGAGCACACUUGGCAAAUCACGAUGAACUUAUAUCCAAGUCUUUUCAAGGCAGUCAAGGAAGAGCAUACCUUUUCAAUUCUGUUGUAAACGUUGGAUGCGGUCCAGCAGAAGAAAGGAUUUUGUUGACCGGACUACAUGCAGUCGCCGAUAUAUAUUGUGAAUGCUGUAAGACCACCCUGGGUUGGAAAUACGAACACGCGUUCGAAUCCAGCCAGAAAUACAAGGAGGGCAAGUACAUAAUCGAAAUGGCACACAUGAUCAAAGAAAACGGCUGGGAGAGUCCGCCGAAGAAAUGAACUCCUAUCGUCUUUCUGUCUAUCUCUUUAUCUCUUUGUCUUUCCCGUCAUGCGUUUCUCUCGUCAAAUUCUCUUUGUUUUUCCCUAUCCACUCUACUCUACCUACUCAUACCUACUCAACCACACCAAAAUUCACUCUCUCUUUUUUUUAAUCCAAUCUCGAAAAGUUUGACGUUUUUCCGGACAAUCUGUUGUUGGUAUUGCCAACGAAUGUUCACCGUGACCGCGACAAAUGUUAUCACACAGUUAUGGCCACAACGAAGGUGAAUAAAAUUAUAUUCACGCUUGUCAUAAUAUUUUCGCCAUCGACCUAGCUCCGCUGGAUAUGCAUGCGCAAGCGAUCAACGGUAAAUGACGGAGGGAAAUCUCAAUUAAUACACUGAAGUUAACGCUAGCCGAUUAGCUUACGGUCUUAUUAUAAUUAUUGAUGUAGUAGUAAUUAACUAAUGGUGUACCUAUUUAUAAUAUUAAGUAUUUUUGUGAUAACGUGAUCGUAUAUAAGAGUAAUAACUAAUAAGUAAAUUCGGCACUGUAAAUCGAUUGAAAAAAAAACAACACAAAAUUAGAGAUGAAUAUUCAUCUUCCAAAGCUUUUUACUCGAUGCAUAUUAUAUUUAUUAUUAUGGCCACAAAAAUAGAUUUAUCGGUUUAUUGAUAUUUCGAAAUAGUGAAAAAAUAACUAUAAGUUCUUGCGUUGUACAAAUAAUAUAGAUAAAAUAAUAUAAAUGUAUUUAUUUUAUUUCGAUCAAUUCAUUAUAAUAAUGAAAUAUUCGUAAUUCGUAUUAUUAUACAACAUAAAUCAAUAAACACUAUAAAAUAUAAAUUAUAUAUUCAAUAAAUUAACGCAGGGUUUCGUUUUAAAUAUGAUUGUUUUCGUAAAAUUAAUUUCAAUUUUAUUUUUAUUUAAAUAUCUUUUUUUUUUACAAAUUGAUUCCCGAUCGUAUGAAUUUUGAGAAAAAAUAUUUUUAUUUUCUAUUUUUAUGUUAUUCAAAUCCAUUUAAGAUAUACCUACAAAGGCUAAUCAAAAAAUUACUAACCCACAAUAAAAAAAAACUAAAAUUCUUGAUAAAAAAAUAAAUAAUAAAUCGCGCUGUUUACAAUAAUCUACCUGUUCUUAUAAUAAACAAAAUACUAUAAUAUCACUAUUAUUAGAUCAAUUUAAAAUAACAUAUUAUAACUACAUAUACAAUUAACACAUUUUUUAUCUGUCGGCUUUAAUACGUAAUAAAAUUAUAAUAAUCUUUGUAUAGAUUGGUUGGUAGGUAUACUGUAUUUUCAUAAUUAAACUUUUAAUACAAUAAUUAUCGAUAUAAAUGUUAUUUUCACAUACAGAUUACAGAUGAAUGUCCCUUAUUAGACGGUUAGUAGUUAAUUUUAUGACGGAGCGGCGUAGUACGUAUGUCACUCGACGUUUUUAUUACAGAAGUCCCGUUAUUAAAUUCAUCUAAACUAAGUACUAAUAGACAUCAUGUCAUCAUGCAAUAGUGUAUGCGUAUACAUCGCCUUGGUAAUAAGAUAAAGGUAUAGAUAAUACUGUACUUUAGCUUUAGCGUAUAACGUAUAAGUAGUUAUUGUAUUUAAAGUCAAAAUAAUUUAAAUAGCUGUAAUAAUAAUUCGUAAUUACUGUAUCCAAUAUGCUAUAUUAAUGGUAGUAUUUAAAAUAAGUUAUUAUUUUUUUAUGUUUAAAAUAAUGCUACUUCAAAUUAUUGUACUUAAAACUACUGGUCUCAACAAAAAAAAAAAUCCAAAAAAAUAAAUAUUAAGAGAGUAGUUACUCUAAAUCCAUCGGUACAUGUUCUAUAGCAAUUUAAAAAACAACUUCCAUUUUAUUUUUGUCAUCGACUCGAUUUUUUUCAACUAUAUUAUUUUGUAUUUUGUAUUUUGUAUUUUUAUUUUUAUCAUUAAAGUUCCUGUGAAAACAACAAACUUUUCCACUUGUCCUUGACAAAACUGAUCUCAAAAUAUAAUAAAAUAUGUUUUAUUAUGUUUUUAUUAAUUAACAGAAUGGGUGAGUUAUAUGAAUAUUUUACUGGAAAUGUAAAAUUCUGUAUUGGACCAAUGGAGAUGGAACUAGCACAACUCUGUUAUUUAUAUAAUAUACGAUCAUUUGGAGAAUCGUUUGUAAGAAAUAAUAAUAUAUGUUCUCGUCCUAAUAAUAUAUUUCCGAGCCACAUAUUGUGUGAUUUUCCUAGUUAAAUUAUAUUUACUGAGAAACAUUUCAAACUGAUAAAGUGCCUAUUACCUAUUUUAAAUAUCAAACCAUAAAUAUUAUCGAUCGAUAAAUAUUGAUUUAUCGCGGACGAGAUUAAAAAAAUAUAUAUGUAUAUAUAAUAUAUACCCAUGUAUUAUAUACUUAUAUCAGUUUCAUAUUUUCAAAUAUAAAUUUGUUUUCUCAUUUUUUUUUUUUUUUAUAGUUAAUUGACUUUCUUUUUUAAUUGACUAGGUACCUAUAUCCAUUCAAGUAAUCGAUGACCAACCUUAAUCCCUUUGUUUUCCAUGAUCAGUAGACAUAAUGUGUUUUAAACGAUAUAUAUAUAUAUAUUAUAAUAUAUCAAUCUCUUCACUUUUUACUAUUAUUAUUUUAUAACUUUUUAAAUCUAGUCUAGUACCUAUAAAAUAUUUCAAUAGUAUAAUUAUUAUACGUGUUGCAGUAGUUUCCCACGUGGACAUUUAUAAGAACUAUAUUAAUAUUAUCGUUAGACUAAUCAAUAAUAGUGAGAUAUAUUAUGUUAGGGAUCAAAUUACGUUCUAGGUAUUAUAAGUUAUUAUGUAAUAAAAGUAUUUGAACGUAAAAUAUAUAGAGUUCUGUGUGCUUUUAUUAUUAUAAUUAUAAGUACAUAAAAUCCCGUUAAAACUUAAUGUUGCUAAAUUUCCAAAACUAAUAAAUUAAUAUAUUCCGUAUUUUUGUGUAAUACACGUCAAAAGUAUUCAGAUUAUUUUAAAUUUUUGAUAAGAAAAUAAUUUAUGUUGAAUUAAAUAUUAAAAAUACAUCAAUACCUAUUCUACAACUAUACCUGUGUAUUAACAAAAUAUGUGUGCGUUGUACAUCUGUUUGUCUGAUGUUGAAAAUGGGUAGUAUUGAUGCUAUCUAAAACAAUUUUUUUUGUUGUUUAAGUUUUAUAAUAUAAUAUAAUUAUUAAGUUAUUUUAACGUAUUGUUUUUUAAAAAUUUUAUACUUAACAUCUAUGUUUAAUGUUUAGUAUGUUUUAUAUAUUAAGUUUCGAUUUAGGAACGUUAACCUAUUAUUUUGAGUUGUGAUUUUUUUUUCAAAAUGUGUAUGAAUUAAAUAAAAAAACAUUAUAUGUGAA